CCGCUAUUAUAGCAAAUGUUUUGGGGCCCAUGAUGCUUUUAGACAUGGAAUGAUAGCCAUGAAAGACUCGAGAUGCUAGAAACGCCUAUUUAAUCUGGAAAUGGGUUUCACCUUGGUCUUUGUUCAGUGUCAUUGUGAUGAUACCAUCCCCUCUCAAUAUCAUCAACCUGAUGACUGGGUUAUGUCAUGUUGAUUGCAAUUCAUGGUAGAACCGCAGAAGUAUACCGAGUGUCAGCCUAAGGCAUAAAGGCAGCAAGGCACCAAGAUCGUUAUCGAUAAGCAGCAAAUGUUUCUUGAAAAUCUUCAACGCCAUGAAAUCAUCUAAAACCAUCUCGAUCUAACCAAUUAAUUUGCAUUCCUAUCUUAUAUUUCUUAUAUUUAAUAUCUCUUACUAUCGAUUCACAUUAAUAGACCACCAUGUCCGAUAACCCAGAGGAUACCCUCCUCAGCGAUCUCUGCACAAUCUGCCAUGUAAACGCCCCUAAAUAUCGCUGCCCGCGCUGCUCAACCAGAACCUGCUCUCUUCCCUGUUCACGCCGCCACAAGCUCUGGUCGCAAUGCUCCGGCGUCCGCGAUCCAGCCGCCUACCUCAAGCGCAACGAGCUCGCCACCCCAUCCGCCUUCGAUCGCGACUUCAAUUUCAUCACUGGUAUCGAGAGACGAAUUGAGCGCGCAGACCGCGAUGCGGAGAAUCGUGGUGUCCCGCUCGACCACGGCGCCCAGGAGGGCGAUGGUGAGGACGGGCCAGGGUCGAAGAAGAGAAAGCGGCCUCAGGAGGGCUUCGUGAGGGGGGAAGCUGGGUUUUUGCGCGGCGCGGAAAAUGGGGGUGUGACGGUUAUUAGGGCGCCGAAGGGGAUGACGAGGAAUAAGUUGAACUCGUCGCGAUGGCAUCCUAAGCAAAAAUGCUUAAAUUGGGCAGUGGAAUGGAUUACUGCUGAUGGAGCGAAGACGAUGAGGAAUUGUCUAGAGUCAUGCAGUAUCGCCAAUGCCUAUGAUCGGUUUACUCCUCUCCCUAAACCAGGGAAGACAAGCCAGGACCAGGACCAACAAAGACAACCCCCGAAUGACGAUUCUCCAGGCCAGAACAAGCCUACACAGCAAGAAGCACAGUCAUCCGAACAACCAGUGAUAUCCUCCGACCAACAACCAGAAGAAGCAGCGAUUGCGCCUAAGCAGCCAGAACAAGCAGCGCAACCCUCUGUUCCCCCAAGCCAGACCUCCCACCGCGAUCUUUACUUCUACCUCCAUAGGCCCCGAACAUCCACAAAACAACCAGUCUUAGUACCCCUGCUACCAACGGCGACCCUCGGCGAUUCUCUUCGCAAGCGAACCGUCCUGGAGUUUCCUUCCAUCUAUGCCCUGCCAGAGUCACCAGAAACAUUACGUGCGAUCCAGGAGCAACCUAGGUUCAUUCUUGAGGAAACCUAUCUUGCUGAACACCCCGACGAGGAAUUGGAGUUGGUUAAAACAAUCACUACAGAGACGGACAAUGAGGUUAACGAGGGAAACCUGCCCGGCGUGGAUCUUGGGCAGGUGGAUGAGAACAAGGUCCUGGAAGUGCUCAAGCAGGAUUUAUUCGAACCUGUUUCAGAGACUCCAACACAGUGAAGGGUUUGGUGAUAAAAUUUGCAUAUUAGUACUUAAUUAAUAUACGAGACCACGGCCAUGUGAAUUACCUUGCGAUGCACUUCAAGAAUAUGAAAGGCUCGCGGGAAAGCCUACUUGGUAUCAGUUCAUGCAACCAACCACAUAGCCAAUGAAUAUGGGAGACUCGGUUUUUGAAACCACUUAUAACAGAUAUCCGGAGACUUUGCAUUGGCUAACGAUUUGCUCUCGUGUUGCUCGGCGGUCGUCAAUCAAAGCAGUCAUCAA